AUGCAGGCUCCCAUUUUAGCAAUCUUCUGGACGAUUACUCUCGCCCGUGUCGUCCCCCUUCAGCACAUUCACUUCAUCACCAGUAACUACAAUGCUGCCAAGGGUCAUUUGCAUUCAUUCGACCCCCGGAGUGCUGAUCAGUUCCAACGGAACAUUAGCAUUGUCGGUCUGUCUGCCUCUGCCUCCGCGAACCGGCCCUUCAUCGACUACAACUUCAACCUGACUGCAGGCCCCUUUGCCCCUGCUGCCUAUUGUCACGCCUCCAUCUCCACCCCUGACGCGAAAAGCCUCCUCACCACGGACUGGAUCCAGUGUGUCCUGCCUCCUCUAAACUCUACGGACACCAAGUCAGACGACGAGGCCACUCCAGCUUCCUACAGCCAAUACCAAGGAGCGAGCAAAGUCCGGAGAGCCGACGACGCAAGCAGAAGUGAAGUAGCUCGUGCCUCAACGGCUUUCAGAUGGACCCAGAACCCUGAAGGAAGCGCCACACUGGACGUCGACUCAAACAUCACCGUUGCCAGGAAUGGUGACGGCAACAGCAGAGGCGUCAUCAUCCGACAGCAAGCCAUGUAUGACAUCCCAGCCGCAGAUAUUGUCGGCCAGGCGGAGUACCGUGGCCCACAGGAGGUGGACGCUCGGGUCCAGAGAAUGGAAAUUUGCGAUGAUGUUGAUGGAACCAAGACUUGCAACGAGAUUGGCAGUGUGGCAUAG